GUGAUGAAUAUAAUCAGCGCUUUGAGCAUUUCACUUUAUGUGGCAACAGCUGGUCGGCUUUCGUUAGCUGAUGAUGGCGGUACUUUUUGUACGAGAGGAGAUGGACUGCCUGGAAAAUGUAUAGAUAUUGAAGACUGUCAAAAAAUAGACGACCUAAACCAACAUAUUAGAAGGAAACAGGGAACACCUGCUGACCAAGAAUACAUGAGGAAUUCACGUUGCCCCAUUUAUAAAGAGAAUUAUGUAUGUUGUGAAGAAGAAGAAGUAUCCGAGGGAGUUAAAAUAUUGUUGGAACAGGAUUGUGGUUAUAUAGGUCCCUCUCAAAGGGUACACUUUGGAAAUGAGAUAAGAUUAAUGUCAAGACCAUGGCUGGCUCUUCUUAAGCUUAAAAGGAAAUCCGAUGUAGAAUAUGCAUGUGGUGGCACCCUUAUAACAAAUCGUUUUGUUUUAACCGCCGCGCAUUGUUUUGAUGGACAAGAGCUAUUAGAAGUGCGUUUGGGGGAACACAGAAUAUCCACCGAACAAGACUGUGAUGCCACAGGAAACACUCGCAUAUGUGCACCACCAGUUAGAGAUAUUUCUUUCGACAAAAUUUUUGUGCAUGAAAAUUUCUCACGAGACCUGCUGAAAAUGAUAUUGCAUUAAUCAAGUUAUCGACAGACGUUGAGAGCAGUUUUAGCAUUCGGCCCAUCUGUUUGCCAGUAAAUUACACACUUCAACAAGAAGCUGAACAUAGGAAGAUAUUCAGGGUAACUGGCUGGGGAGCAACCGAUGUA